AACAACUGAGUGGGCGUUCAGCUGCGAGGUUUGGGGUUUACUCUUCAUCGUUUUACUACAACUCAAGUUCAAAAAUGGUUCAGCCAGUAUCUAAGACCGCGGGGAAAACGACUCCCGUGCUCAAAGCGGGCCAUCCUCCUGCAGUGAAGGCUGGGGGUAAACGUGUGGCCAAGAAAAGCAUAGAGGACAGUAGCACCCCGGAGAAAGAUGCAAAGAGGACUGAAAAAAUAAAGCCAGUCCCAGCCCCCAACAGAAUAAACCAAGUCAACCUUCUCCUGUCUGGGACUCUUGACAAGCUCAGCCAUGACUUCCCAGAAACCCCGGUGAGCGUGAGGCACAGCAGAGUCCGGCCCGCUGUGGAGAAGCCCCACUGCCCCAGAACGUACUUCAUCCAGCAGCCCAGGAAGUUUUAAAUUAUUCGCUUCCAUAGGCAGACAUGAUAACCCAUAUGUCAGAGACUAACAGGAAGUCUCAACUCUAGGGGGCGCUGGCGGGAACGCUUUCAUGUUGAUCGUAUUUGCUUUGUUAGACAGCAGUUUGAGGCAGUGCUUGUUUACACUAUACUCUAAAUAUUUGAAGUAUCUCUAUUAUUAUGAGAUGAAACAUUCCUGUAGAUAUUUGCAAAAAGUUGAUGGGGAAAAAAAUGUUGUGGUAUGUGUUUGGGUAGGGGGUUUGUAAAGGGGAGUUUUGGAUGUUUUCACAGAAAUUAAUACAGCUUGUUGCUUGGCACUUGUAAUAAAAGAAAAGUAAUGUA